CAGAAAUAUAGUAUCUGACUAAUUUUUUCCGCUAUUUACCAACGUGAAUUAAGUCGAUGAAUAUUUAUUAGAUUAAGUGGGUUAUAUGUUUCGUUAUCAUCAUUAUCAACCGUUCAUAUGGAGCCAGAUCAAAGCCUCAAUAAGUCCUUUUCAUUGUAUUUCUGUUUGUGACAAAAUGACUGCUUACAAAAGAUUACUCAGGUUUCACUUUGUAUAGUUAUCAAUAACACAGUGUCAUAUAAACCAAAUAAAGUACAAAAACUGUGAAUAUCAAAAUGUAUCAGAUUGUCUGAUCUUUUAGGAGAUAGUAUUUAUGCGUUUUCUUUCAUUUAAUGAACAGAAAAUAUAAUACAACUGAUACGAAAUGUGACUCUUCUCUAACAAACCACAAGAUAGUCGUUAAUUCCUAAGAAGAUUGCUAGUCAAUAAAACUGCGGUGUUACUUCAUUUUUAUAUUUCCAUGAAAUCGUUUUCGAAAUCUCGUGUAUGACUUUGUAAUAUUGAUUUUUUUGCAUACAAGAGAGAAACCAAUUAGAUCCACUAGUUCACACUAUUAGGUAAGAAUAAUAAUCAAUUCUGUUUUGGUAUGUCAACUAGGCUAGUUGAUUUAAAACCAUAAUGCACUUUAUUUUGAUGCUACAUUAUCAGAGAACUUCCAAUUGCUUCCAAGAAUCUCCAAUGUUCAAUGGAGAACGAAUAAAUUCAUUUAAAGAAUCAUAACUAAUUAUUUGAAUAGUACCAUGUUAGCUUAUAUUUAAACAAAUAUACAAGCAUACCAUUUUUUUACCCGUCUGGUUUUAUACUAGAUUUGAUGUCAAUAAUGUAUUUUAAGUCUGAAAGUACAGCAACAUAUAGUACCAGCUCAAUGCUUUAAGCUGUACUUUAUAAUUAAUUUUGCCAAAUUCCAAAUAGAAAUUAAAUCGUUACUUUUAAAAACCAGGGAUCGAUUGGUGUAAUUGUUCCUUUAACUCAGAAGUGAUCACUUCCUCAAACUAACAUACAUUUGAUCAGAUCAUCCGUUUAAUUGUCUGAAAACUAAUAUAUCUUGAACAGUAUUGGUCUUUCAAAUAUAUAUAUAUAAUCGGUAUGGCUCAGGGAAAACUUAAAGUCAAAACCAAAUUACCCAAAGGAGUAAAAUCCGGUAAAAGUGAAAGGUCUUUACAGAAACAAUCCGCCAAACCACUGCGCAAGGGGACUCGUGUUAUAAAACCAAAAAAAGAAAGACUAAAAGAAGCUCAUGAAAUGAAAAAGCAUAUGGAGAAAUUAUUAAAAAAAUCAGUGGAAAAACAAGCUAUUGAGAAAGUAUCGUCUUGUGAACCCCGUUCACUAAAAAUUGUAAAAGAAUAAUAAAUCAUUAAGAAUGUACAUACUC